GUCGGCCGUCUCUCUGCUCGACAUCAUCCGUACCUACAAAGUGAUGGCUGCCGAGAACAUCCCCGAGAACCCGCUCCGCUUCCUCUACCCCAACAUCCCAAAAGACAAGGCCUUCGGGAAAUACUACCCCAAACCCACAGAGACUCAGGAGCCCAUGGAUGUGGAGAACAAUCCAGAGAGGAGCAGCUACAUGAAGACAGAGCUCAUUUCUGUCUCUGAAGUACAUCCGUCCAGACUGCAGGACAACAUGUUGCCCAUGUCUCCUGAUGACUACAGGGCUUUGUCACAGUUAGUCGGCCCCAGAGACAUUGAUGCUGUGACCAACAAUCUGCUUGGAUUUGAAGAGCUUGAUGUUCAGGUAGAGGCAGCCUCAGUUUGUUGCUCUACACUGAAUAGUGCAUCAGCUUAAGUGUCAUUUUCUUUAUGUGUUGUUGCAUGCAUGACAUCUAA